CCCCCCCCACCCCCCCCCCCCCCCACCCCCCCCCCCCCCCACCCCCCCCCCCCCCCACCCCCCCCCCCCCCCACCCCCCCCCCCCCCCACCCCCCCCCCCCCCCACCCCCCCCCCCCCCCACCCCCCCCCCCCCCCACCCCCCCCCCCCCCCACCCCCCCCCCCCCCCACCCCCCCCCCCCCCCACCCCCCCCCCCCCCCACCCCCCCCCCCCCCCACCCCCCCCCCCCCCCACCCCCCCCCCCCCCCACCCCCCCCCCCCCCCACCCCCCCCCCCCCCCACCCCCCCCCCCCCCCACCCCCCCCCCCCCCCACCCCCCCCCCCCCCCACCCCCCCCCCCCCCCACCCCCCCCCCCCCCCACCCCCCCCCCCCCCCACCCCCCCCCCCCCCCACCCCCCCCCCCCCCCACCCCCCCCCCCCCCCACCCCCCCCCCCCCCCACCCCCCCCCCCCCCCACCCCCCCCCCCCCCCACCCCCCCCCCCCCCCACCCCCCCCCCCCCCCACCCCCCCCCCCCCCCACCCCCCCCCCCCCCCACCCCCCCCCCCCCCCACCCCCCCCCCCCCCCACCCCCCCCCCCCCCCACCCCCCCCCCCCCCCACCCCCCCCCCCCCCCACCCCCCCCCCCCCCCACCCCCCCCCCCCCCCACCCCCCCCCCCCCCCACCCCCCCCCCCCCCCACCCCCCCCCCCCCCCACCCCCCCCCCCCCCCACCCCCCCCCCCCCCCACCCCCCCCCCCCCCCACCCCCCCCCCCCCCCACCCCCCCCCCCCCCCACCCCCCCCCCCCCCCACCCCCCCCCCCCCCCACCCCCCCCCCCCCCCACCCCCCCCCCCCCCCACCCCCCCCCCCCCCCACCCCCCCCCCCCCCCACCCCCCCCCCCCCCCACCCCCCCCCCCCCCCACCCCCCCCCCCCCCCACCCCCCCCCCCCCCCACCCCCCCCCCCCCCCACCCCCCCCCCCCCCCACCCCCCCCCCCCCCCACCCCCCCCCCCCCCCACCCCCCCCCCCCCCCACCCCCCCCCCCCCCCACCCCCCCCCCCCCCCACCCCCCCCCCCCCCCACCCCCCCCCCCCCCCACCCCCCCCCCCCCCCACCCCCCCCCCCCCCCACCCCCCCCCCCCCCCACCCCCCCCCCCCCCCACCCCCCCCCCCCCCCACCCCCCCCCCCCCCCACCCCCCCCCCCCCCCACCCCCCCCCCCCCCCACCCCCCCCCCCCCCCACCCCCCCCCCCCCCCACCCCCCCCCCCCCCCACCCCCCCCCCCCCCCACCCCCCCCCCCCCCCACCCCCCCCCCCCCCCACCCCCCCCCCCCCCCACCCCCCCCCCCCCCCACCCCCCCCCCCCCCCACCCCCCCCCCCCCCCACCCCCCCCCCCCCCCACCCCCCCCCCCCCCCACCCCCCCCCCCCCCCACCCCCCCCCCCCCCCACCCCCCCCCCCCCCCACCCCCCCCCCCCCCCACCCCCCCCCCCCCCCACCCCCCCCCCCCCCCACCC